AGAGACGACUGAGUAAGACCUAAAACACCAGGCCGCGAAAAGAAUGUAAGCGGGUGAAUAGCCCAAUAUGGGCUUCAUCGAAUAUAAGAACCAUCGAAUAAGAAGACGGAUAGAUCGUGUUUAAAUCCCCUUGCUGACGUCGUUACUUGUGGGGAGACCUUGUUGGCCCAAUUGAGAACCCGGCAGGCCAAAUGUAUAAUAAGAACCACACCGCUGACCACAGCUGCUGACAGACAAGGGGGAGAAAGCCAACAUACAUAUCAUUAAUCUCAACAUUCUUAUCUCCGUCUGUUUCCUCUCGCUUCGUCUAAUUUGCGUUUUUAUGAACCGCCGCUCUCUUGAAAUCGAUCCUCACAACUCACCUACUUACUAGUCACUUACUAGUUUAAGGGGCACUGGCCAAAAUCCAGAAAAUAAAAAGGAAAACAUAAUGGAAUGCCCGAUCCUGAUGCGCGUGCCAGCCGAGGUGCGGAUGCUAAUCUACACCUACCUCUUCGACGACAACGGGCACAAGCAGCUGCACAUCGAGAGCGCCUGGGCCGGGAAACUGCCCAAGUCUGACUCCAGGAUCCGGAGUCGGUACUACGUGAUCGAGCGGUCGUUCCACCGGCGCUGCUACGAGACGACGUACUGCCUCGCCAUGCCGGACGUCCGCUUCUGGCCCGCCAUCAUGCGCGUCAACAGGCGGAUCUACGAGGAGACGGCGUACCUGGUCUACGGCGGCCACACGUUCGACUUCGGCAGCCACAUCGAGGCCGUCGAGCCGUUCCUCUCGGACCUGACGCCGCAGAGCCGGAUGCUCGUGCAGGAGCUCUCGCUGUACAAGCGGGGCCCUGUGCCGCCGUACGACCACGACCGCAGCGAGUGGCGCAGCGUGUGUCGCUUCCUGGGGGGCCACGGGUCUGUCAGGAAGCUGCGGCUGGUGGUCGAGGGCGGGAUCCCGAGCUCCGCGUGGGAGGGGCCGAAGGAGUUCACGGCUGCGGACCUGAAGCUGCUGUACGAUAUCAAGCACGAGAGUCUGGACUGGGUUGGGGACUUGGCGCGGAUUAAGGGGAUCGAGGAGCUCGAGAUCAUACCGGAUGUCCAUCAUUGCCCGCCGCCGGCGUCGACGAAUAUGAUUGUGUUUGCGGCUAUUUCGGCCUCGAUUGAGAAGGGGUUGACGCAGUUUCUUAGGAUGCAGCUGUGCUUGCCGUAAUAGGGGAAAGGGGGCGGAGUUUAAUACGGGAAUUAUCUUCCAUCAUGUACAACAUAUUAAGUACUAAGUGCUUAAUAUUCAUUACGUGUUACUUACUAGGUAUAUUUAGGAAACUAUUGUAUUAGAGGCUUCACAUAGGUCAAAUGGAUAGUGUAAGAAUGUAUUAAUUGCGUUACGAAGUGGGAAGUUAUCCUCCUC